AUGAGGAGCUUCACCUUAAUAACAGCUUUUCUUCUCUGCAGCCUCAGCUGGAUCUCUGUCUCAGUUUCUGAGUCUCAGACUGUAGAGGUCCAGCCAGGUGAAGAUGUCACACUGCUGUGCUCCAACAUUUCCAAACAUCCAACUCAGACAGACUGGUUCAGACUGAUCAACAGAACCAAGCCCAGCUGUAUCUCCUCUAUGUACGAGUCUGGUAGCGAAGCUUCAUUCUGUGAUGGAUUUCAAAAUGGAAAAUUUGCAAUGAGCGCCAACGUCUCCACAGUUUUUCUUAAAAUCAAGCGAGUGGAUUUAUCUGACUCUGGACUGUAUUUCUGUGGAUUUUACAUAAACAAACAUACAGUCAUUGCCAGUGCAACAUAUUUAAAUGUUCAAGGUAAUGGUGAAUCUGAUGAAGUGGAUUUUAAGGCUGAAAAGGAGCCUGAUGGAAUGAAAAACCUACUGAGCGUGAUCCUGGGUGGUCUGGCUGUUUUCCUCACUAUAAUCGUCAUUGUUCUGGCUGUUAAAAUCAGGAAACUUCAGACAGCUGUGAAUGAAGAACCACAGCCAGAAAGAAACAAGAAUCUGGGCUCAGAUGACCUGAACUAUGCAGCUCUAAGUUUCCAGGCAAAAGCAAAAAGACACCGCAGGCCUGCACCGGAGAGAGAGCUGGAGCCAAAUGUUGUGUAUGCUGCCACCAGAUAGAUUCAGGAAACAACUGGAACUGCAGCUCAGAGUGGAAGCUGAUGAUUUAUCAUAUUAAUCUACUGUUUUGUUUUUGUGUGUGGGUCGGGUGGAAGGACUCACUGGCAAAAAAUACAUUUUCAAUAAUGUUCAUAUAUUUUUUCACUCAUGUUUCUCUCAACGUGUCUGUGGAGGGAGCAGCAAGUGAGGUACCUACAAAGCCUAACUGCAGUAACUACGCAAAGGGUAAAACUGAGAAAAAUUGCUUUAAAAUAUUUAACUGGCCAGCCAAAUGGGUUAUAGGUAUAUACGUGAUAUUGCACUAAUUGUACAUGUAUUCAUGAGGUAAUUUUUAUGCCCAAAAACCAUGACGGCUGAUUUGACCUUUGACUCCAAACAUGUAGUUAACUGCACUCUGCCUUUGCAUUGCCUUAAAUGGUUCUAGCAGCAAUGCAAAACCAAAGUGCACUAACCACAGUGUUGUUGUUUUCUUUCAGCUUUUAUAUAUUGUUUUUUCAGUGACCAAAACCAUUUUUUACAUUUAUUUCUGAUUCUGAUUCCAAUUUCUGACCACUACAUGGUGUUUAGAGACUCUGUUAACACACAAACCGCACACAUACAGCCAGGCUUCACAAGUUAUUCUAACCCACUGUUACACUCAUGGACGAUCUUCCUGACAGACAACGCCUUGAAUGAUUAUGAAGAAGAUGUUGAUCAUGUUAUUAGUCGUAGAGAGAGAUCACUGUCAUGGCUGCUUGAUUGUUGUGGGAUAACUUGAUACAUGAUGCCUUUCGAGUUUUUUUUUUUUUUCCCACCGCUGGCUGGAUUAACUUUGGGAUGUGAACAACAAAACAUAGAUGACAUGGCAUCAGCGAUGUUACAGAGAAUAAUGUUACAGCUAACGCUAGCUAACUAAACAUUGUCUAUCAGUCAGCAUACACGGCGUAAGUAGCUGCUGUAUUUAGAACCAACCCCCUGUGGUGACAGACAUUGUCUGUAUGAGUCAAAAAUAAAGUCCACAGGAAGACGUCAGCCAUGAGCACAAACAUCAAAGGCAUUGCUAUUCUCAGAGUACAAGAGUACUGCUCCCAUAAAAAGAAAAAAAACAGGAGAGUAAAAGUUCAGACUUUCAGCAGUUUGGUCGAAUUUUGCGUAUUCUUACCCUGCUGCUAGUUAGUAGCAGUGUUGUGCCACAUUAAGACCUUUCCGUUUUUGCAUAUCUUUGUGUUUUGCCUUUUAAAUUAUAUAUAUUAUUUUUACAGUAUCAUUACAGUAUCAUUAAAUUUCAUCAUUCCCAGAAUCAGCACAACUUCAGACAAUGAUAUAUGUCACUCAAUAAAGACUUCUA